AUGUCAGAAAAGUCACCUUCAGCCUCUGGCUCCUUACACAGGAGUGCACACAAUACCUCAGGGUCAGAGGCUGAUGUCUUAUCACAGGUACAGUGUCAUUUUUCUUACCAUCUUGUCUCAUAAUAUAUAUUUGCACCAAAAUUUACUACAAUUUAGUAUAUGCUAAUAUCAACAUAUCUGGGUCACUUCAAAACCAUUAGCUCAAUUAUUUGGGUCUUAUAAUGCCAUCAUGGGACAUAUAGCCAUUUUUUUAGAUAGUGUAGUUCACUUUGAUGGCCUCACCAAAUUUUCAGACUCACCUGGUCUCAUAUAAGCACAUGCACUGUAGAAGAGACGGCCUUUAUACUUCAUUACUCAUUAUAGUAAUGAUAGUAUUGUGAUUGAGGUUGAGUUCAAUAAACAGAUCUAUCACAUUUAGUAAUCUGAAACAUAAGAAACAUAGUAAAUGUAUUUUAAAUAACAUUAUUUUAAAUCAUCCUACUCACAUACCCCAAACUGAUAGUUUAUAUAUAACUUGUGUAUAUAUAUAUAUAUCCCACAUCCUGCACAUUAUGUUUUCUUUGGUUUAAUUACAAUGACUGCUAAUGUAUACAGUUAAUAGCAAGCAUUGCUGACUUGCAUUUAUUUUAAUUUCAGUGCAGUUACUAAAGUGAGAAUUCCAAGUAAAUUUCAAAUCCAAGGUCAAAAUAGUCCAACUAGAGUCAUUUUCUAAGUCAGGUAUGCUUCCUGUUCGGCAACCUUGGCCUUAAAUUAGAAAUUCACUUUGAUUUCUAAUUUUAGUGAUUACCCCUGGUAGAACUGUCAUUGCAAACAAUAUAGACUGCUAUUUAGCUGUCGGUUUACGCUAACAACCCUGUCUGGGGCAAUCUGUGGAAUGAAAACCAAAGAAAAGAGCUACUUGCGCACUAUCGCAAAUCUCCAGGCACAUUUAAAAAACUGGAGGUUUUUAGUGUCUCUAUUGGCCACAUAAGUAUAAGCUCACCUGCCACGUUAAGGUAAACCUCUUAGGUGGGUCCUACACUAACACUUCACCGUGCUUUUUUCAGCUUCAGGUAAAACAGCUCUGAGACAGAUAGGGGUAGUUUUCUAAACCCCUACAUAAUUAUUAACCCUUAAUAGGAAACAAAGAAAAGAGUUCACUAUCUGAAAUUGCUUCACACAGAAAUUUGUCUGAGAUCAUCGUUUUUGGUGAUCUCAGUCAAAGAGGAGGAGCUACACACCGUAGACCAGCGCUGUGAGGGAGAAAAGUUAAGUAAAACUACCUUUUUAAUGCUGGUAGCUGGGGCACGGUCACCUAAAUGGUGACUUGUUCUCUACAGUGUUAGGAAUACACAUUUGUAUUCCUAACAAUAUAGUGUUCCUUUAAAUGAUUUAAAAAAAAUCUUUAUGACAUUCGGGAAACUUAACUUGUAAUCCAAAUUUAGAAACUAAUACCCAGGAUUUCUUGGGUCUACUUGGUAUUGUCACAUCGUAUUUUAGUGCAAAUUCUCCUAGCUUUUUUUCCACAAAUCUGGCCAAUUAGAUGUUUGCAAUAAAUCAGCUAUGUUGGGUAAGAUCAGGGGUAGGAAACUUUUGCUACUACAGAUUUUAUGGAUUUUAUCUCCCAGUUUUGGGUCUAGACCCAACAAUUAAGAUCCACUGAUCAAGGGAAUAAACAACUUUUCCUGAGAGGCCGUUGUGUGUAGUUACAGGCACCGAGAUUAUUUAAAAAAAAUAAAUUUUUUAGGAAGUACGAGUAAAAAGCGCAUUCGGGGGCAUUGGAUAUGCGGAGAUAUGUGUAAAUAUUUUUUGUUUAUUUUGCUUUCCUGCAAUGUGACAGCCGACCAUGCUUUUCUGUAUCCUUAAAAAAAAACACACGCAUAAAUGUCACAUCCUUUGACAUGUGUGUUGUGCGGAACCUGAGUAAACCAGCAUGUGGAUUUCCUGAGUUUAAAACGCUUGUUGAACUUAAUGUUUUGAGAAAACUAAGCAAAAAAAAAAUAAGACUAUCUACAUAUUUAGAUGUGGUUUUAUAUACCACACACACAGUAACAGAUCAAGCCCGGCUUUUAUUCUCUAGAGUAGGAAUGGCAAAAUAUUGAACGUCAACUUUUGCAGAAUUACACCUUCCUUAAUGCACUGCCAGCCUUGAGUAUGUCACAGCAUUCUUGGUUUGUUGUGCUACAAUAGUUGAUGUUCUAUAUUUGUGCCUCUCUGGACAACUGUCUAAAUUUCACAGCCUAAUGUUUUUAAAUUUUUUUUUGUAAUUUUUAUCUGUGCAGCUGCAACCUCCCAUUUUUUUUUAAAUUAAGAAAACACCAAAAGUUAAACUUGUGGAUAUAUUAAGAAAUCAUCUUCUUGUUUAGGAGUGCAGAUUCCCCAAAUGUCAGCACACAAAAUUUAAAAUGUACCUGCAUUUAGAUACAAUACAUGCACUGUUGCCUGUGGAAAACCACGCAUCUUUUUAGCAAGCUAUAAUGCAACUGUAAUGCCUAAAAAGAGACCUCAGUCCUAAGACUUGGUUACUUCCUGGUACCUAAAAAUGAAGUGAACAGUAGCUCUAAAUUUAUAGUUUUUUAUUGAAAGUAUUAAUUAACGUGACAGUCUAAAACUGGUAGCAUCGCAUGUUGCUUUUUAUACAUUAUAUUUAGUGGAAGUUCCCUCUUCCCUUCACUUACUCAUUUAUUACAACAGAUAUUUCCAAAAUUGCUCCAACUACUCCCUUCCUAAAAUACAGAACUGGAAAAUCAACAUUUCAAGCACUUGCACAGCGAGUAUUCACUAUCUCUGAGAGGCUCCAUUCACAGCUCUCCAUGAAUGAAGCUUUUAUAAGUCGUUAACUUGUCAUUUCUAUUUGAUGGAACUGUGACUGGGCCUCAAACUGCAUAUCCCAUAAACCUGUGAAGAGCAGAGGUUCGUGGGAUUGUUUGUAAAGGUAAGCUGUGGUUUCAAAAUGAAUGUUCUUCGUAGAAUACCCAAGGUUGGAGUUGAAAGGGUUCAUAUAGUGGAAAACCUUUUGACUAUAACUGACAGCAACACUACAGAGCUACACAUUUCCAGUGUAAUUCCCCUACUCUUCUUAAGAAACUCAACUGUCAAGAGUUGUUUUUCACAGUUCAUGUCUACAUUGUGAUGUAGCAAGGACUGGUUAGAGUGGUGCGAGACAUCCUCUCGGAACCUUUUACUGAAUAGGUCCGACUGCUAUUCCUACUUUCCACAGAAACCAUUGCAGUCUCGGGUAUUCCUCCAUGAAUCUAAAGCUUCCAACUCCUGUUUAUUGCACUGAUUUUUCUUUACAUUUUGCAUGAUAUAGGAUUUGUCUGUAGACAAAAAGUGUAUCAGGCAGAUAUGUAGUAUAUAGAUAAUUCCGGUUUAACUGGAAGCUUGCCAAUAGCCAUAUAUUAGAUUACUAUGCAACUAUGUAACAUACGUUGAAAAAAGACUCCAGAACAACUGUGUCAAAACAUCUUUUUAUCCUGUUGUUCCAAAGGAAGUCAAAAUGCAUAUAUGUUUUUUUCUCACACAAAGAUAACUCAAAUAAAUCCAUCCCACCCGAUUAUAUUGGAUCUGCUGGAGCAGUCAGAAUUGGGAUAUUUUGCCUUGUUUUCCAUUUUUGGUUUCCAGGUGUUCCACUUGUGGGGACAUCAGGGAUAUUUUUCCAAGUUUCUCAGUGCUUAAUCCCAGAAUGUCAUUAGCCAGAAUUUUUGAGGGGUGCCGUGUGUGUGAAGGGUGCCAUGUGUGUGAGGGGGGCACUGUGUGUGAGGGGUCUAGUGUGUGUGAGGGAUGUAGUGUGUGUGAGGGGUGUAGUGUGUGUGUGUGAGGGGUGCAGUGUGUGAGGGGUGCAGUGUGUGUAUGAGGGGUGUAGUGUGUGUAUGAGGGGUGUAGUGUGUGUAAGAGGGGUGCAGUGUGUGUGAGGGGUGCAGUGUGUGUGAGAUGCAGUGUGUGUGAGAGGGGUGCAGUGUGUGUGAGGGGUGUAGUGUGUGUGUGUGAGGGGGCAGUGUGUGUGUGAGGGGUGCCGUGUGUGUGAGGGGACAGGUGUGUGUGAGGUGCAGUGUGUGAGGGGACAGUGUGUGUGUGAGGGAUGCAGUGUAUGAGUGAUGCAGUGUGUGGAGAGGGGUGCAGUGUGUGUGAGGGGUGCAGUGUGUGUGAAGGGUGUAGUGUGUGUGUGAGGGGUGUAGUGUGUGACGGGUGCAGUGUGUGUGAGGGGUAUAGUGUUUGUGAAGGGUGCAGUGUGUGUGAGGGGUGGUGUGUGUGUGAGUGAUGCAGUGUGUGUGUGAGUGAUGCAGUGUGUGUGUGUGAGGGGUGCAGUGUGUGAGUGAUGCAGUGUGUGUGAGAGGGGUGCAGUGUGUGUGAGGGGUGUAGUGUGUGUGUGAGGGGUGUAGUGUGUGUGUGAGGGGGGCAGUGUGUGUGUGAGGGGUGCCGUGUGUGUGAGGGAUGCAGUGUGUAUGAGUGAUGCAGUGUGUGAGAGGGGUGCAGUGUGUGAGAGGGGUGCAGUGUGUGUAAGGGGUGCAGUUUGUGUGAAGGGUUCAGUGUGUGUGAGAGUGAUGCAAUGUGUGUGUGAGGGGUGUAGUGUGUGUGUGAGGGGUGUAGUGUGUGUGUGAGGGGGGCAGUGUGUGUGUGAGGGGUGCCGUGUGUGUGAGGGAUGCAGUGUGUAUGAGUGAUGCAGUGUGUGAGAGGGGUGCAGUGUGUGAGAGGGGUGCAGUGUGUGUAAGGGGUGCAGUUUGUGUGAAGGGUGUAGUGUGUGUGAGAGUGAUGCAAUGUGUGUGUGAUGGGUGCAGUGUGUGUGUGAGGACUCCAUAUAGUCUAUAUUGUGUGUGUGUAUGUAGGUGGUAAGGGUCCAAAUGUAUAUAUAUUUUAUUAUUUUUAUUUAAAAAGAGAAAACAAUGUUAUGUCCCUCCCACACCCACCCUUAUAACCUUUUGACAAGCAGGGUGGACAAUGAACUGCCUGGUGGUCCGGUGGUUAGCAGUGAACUUUAGCCUGCAGCUCCUCUGGCUGCAGGCUGACUCUUGUCCUCUCAUGAGCUGAACGCUGUGUUGAAGCACUGCCAUGGGUAAUUAAUGGCUUACUAACAAAUCUGAGAAGGUUUUUUAUUUCGUUACUAGCAAAUGGAGAAAAUGUAGUGGUUGGUUUGUAGUACAAUUGCUUUCUAAAAAUUGCUUCCAUCUAAAGUUAACUUGUUAAAGAAUCUUAUAAAGAUAUUUACUAAAGGAAGAAUUAAAUCUAAGGCCAAGAUAGCUCUCUAGCAGGGAAGUGCCUUUGGCCCUCUUUAACUCCUCACCAGCCUGAGAGGGCAGACAGCGAGGCUGACUCUGCAUGGGCCGGUGGGAGAGAUGAAAGGAUCUUCCCUGUCGUCUUUGGCACAUGAGCAUUGCGGUGGGGCCCCUAUGCUUGUGGCUAGCAUGCCCAUGCAUAUAGACAGCCCUGGACGGACUAUUUAUGGGUGAGAAUUUGCAAUGCCUUUGUCAAUUCCUGUGAAUUCCUAUAAGCAAUAAGCAAUUCCUUUAUGAUCUCUUUGGCCAAUGUCUUCAGUUGUAACUUAAUUUUUAAAGAACUGCAGUCCCAAACUUAGGUACUGAAUUUAGGGUCACCUUACCUAGUUUGGAAAAAUAAACCACAGUUUGCCAGUAAAGCAUAAUUGAUGGUUAACCACACAUCUACAUUUCACCGUAAAAAGGCUAUCAUUCAGGAAAUAAGGUGUGCUGUGCAGGAUGAGAAAGAUAAAAAUAUUUCGGCGAAUUUCUCUCUGGCAAAUGACUCUAGAAACCCCCUCCCCCCCCCCAAUCUUGGUCUUUUUCAAGAAGCAAAUUAAGUUAGAUCUAUAAGAUACGUCUGUAAAGUGACAAGGGGCAGCCCCACAUCUUGAAAAAAUGAAAAUUACGCAUAUGUGAUUUUGCCUUUGUAGCAAGUUGUAGUCUCCCCUCUUAAAGGGGACAGUACAUUUCCGCAUUCGUAAAUACAGAGAUUCUAACAUGCAACUUGAAAAAUGCGCAAGACACUGCAUUUGUCAAAAUGCAUCACAUCUGUUCAGGUUUAGCCAAUUUCUAAUAGUUUUAUUUUUUUACAAGCGCAUUAGUUGCCACAAGUCGCUGCACUGACCAUGCUCUACUCAUCUGUGCAACCAACUAUGAGGAUUUGAUGAGCAGGCAAACCUUUAAUAUAUUUUUUGCAUGCAUUCUCAGGAAUCCCACUAUACAAAGGGAUUGCCUCUGACAUUUUAGCCAGUUCCUGGUGCUAGCAUUGGUCAGAGGAACAGGAUAAAUGAACAUAAAUUGUAGUCAGGCACUCAAGGAUUAAUUCAGCAGGUUUAUUGGAACAAAGUGCAACGUUUCGAUCCCACAAGGGAUCUUUCUCAAGCUUGCUAUCACAGGAGGGGUAGCCAACCCCAGAUUGUGAUGUGUGCGGUACUCCUCUUGUUUUUUUGUUUAUACACUAGGAACAGGAUAAAGACAGAAAAGACACCUAAUGGGGAUAGUCCCUCCUUGACGUGCGAGCCCAUUUUGAAUGCAUUCUGGAGAAAAUAUGCAAAAGCAUACUGUGACAGAUCCCUCUGUCUUGGAAUUACUUUUAUUUUAUGCUCAUUCAUCUGUUUGUUUGUGCAUUUCCCUGUCCGUAUGGUUCAUAUGUUAUUUUCCCUUUUUACCUAAAUACUUACAGAACGGCCGGCCACCCAGCGGGGAAGUGUGCUGCUUGUUAACCUCUUGGCCUCAUUAGAACAUUGUGGUUAACCGCAGACACUUCCCAUUGUUAAUGGUCAGCUGGGUGGUCGUCGUUCGUAUGAACGAACACAAGGCAGCGGCCAUUUUGGACAUACAAACGCCCAGCGGUGUUCAUCGACGAUUCCCUGGAUCCAAAAACGGCUACUAAUUUAAUGCGAACACCGCUGAAGCCGCCGACCUCCCUUCAUCUGUUUCAUCCACUCAUACGAACAACGGGACAUUCGGUACAUCUCCAUACGAACAGAGCCACCCUCAGAUAGCCAUCCCAUGGAGCCCAUUCGUAUAACGAAAGGACUAUGUGAAAGACUUUGGCUCCAUGGCGAUUGAACUGUGUGCAUAGGAUCUGAGCGAUAUUCGGUAACAUUGUGCACUCAGAUCCGAGCUAUCUGGGGAUAUGUUAAAUGUGGGUAUUCUGUUGGGGAAUUGUGUAGUUAUAUAUUUUUAUGCAUUUUUGUUACACUGUAUAAAAGGGAGGUUAGGCUCUAUCCUCAGAUUGAGUUUUUUCCCAAUUAUCUCCAGGAUAGAGAGGAGGGUCUUAUACAAUUAGAGGGGAGUGUUUAUGUCUGUAACACUGUGAUUGGCUACUGUACUAUUCUUCUCACAGUUUUCCACCAGGUCUCCUAUGGGAGUGUCCACUUGGUGGAAGACCGGCAUAAAAGGCGGGCAUGUAGCCCACAUUAAAUCAGAUUCCUGCUUGACCCUCAAUACAGAGCCUCGUCUUGUACUUGGGGGGAUUAUUCGUAUGGUUUUCUUGUUCGGCUGUUUGGAGUGUGGAUUAUUCGUAUGCUUGCUUGUUCGGCUGAUUGGAGUGUUCGGUAGCUGCCUUUGUGUUCGGGAAGGGAAUAUCCUAAACGGCUUUAACCCCUCCUAUACUCAGGGUGCAGUUACACAUACAUUAAGACCUCUCAGCCAAUCCCAGUCUGUCAAUGAUUAGCUAUGCAGUUCUGUUAUACCGUAAUAUCCAGAUACACUUUGUAGCAGUAUUCCACAAAUCUGUUGCGCAGCAGAUGUUUAUAGAAUAUGUUGAAGAGCCAUUAUGAUCUACACCGAUCCCCACUGCAGCAUUCAACCCACUGCCUGCUUCUCAUUCAUGAAAAUAGGAAAAAGAGACGCAUUUGUGUGAGUGAGUGAGUGCGUGAGCAAGUUGAAGGGCCUUCUUAUUCUCAUGUUCAUAAAUGAGGGUUGGUUGUGCACAUGCGUGUUCUGCUGCACACUUUCCCCCAGAAAACCUGUGAGACGGUAAUCAAACAGAAACCUUGUCUUUUGACCAGCUUCCGUACUGGUCCCACAAAAAGUCACCAGAAAAUGGAUUAUUAAUAAAACAUCACUAAACAAGCUCAUAAAACCUGCAUCAAGGUUUUUCAUUUUUCUUUCUCUCUAUUUCUUUCCUAUUGCCUUCUCUCGAUUCCCGUCUUUAUUGCACAUUCUUGUAGCUGUCUGUAAUUUCAGUACCUGAAUCCCUUCUGUCUUAGUCCAUCACACAUCAUGUACUAUAUGAGCUUUAGAUGUGAACAGAUGUACAACGCUGAGCGAUGGUUGCAUCCUAAAACCCAGGUUCUGGAACCAAGUAAGGAUUGUUUCAAUCAACUUGUUUUCAUAUAACCUCUACUAACUAUAGCAAGGCAAAUUUUUGGUAUGCCAGCCAUUUGUUAGUGAUGGUUCAUCUCAAUUCUUCACGGGAAGCCUCAACUUUUAGCAACCACUCUUAGUUUGAUAAUUAUGCACACUCCCCACAGAAAUCGCCUUCCUGGGGCUAUUCAUCUUAGAGGAAGUACCAUGUCCUACUGUAAUAUACCCUAAUUUAAUAAAAUAUUCUCCCAUAACAUAUGUGUGAGAAAAAAAUUAAAUUUAAGGUUUACAAAGAAUUUAGUGGGAAAAAAAAAGAACCCCAAAAAACAGUAAUUAACCACUGCAACAAAUUUUAUGGAAAUUAUUCUGAAACGGUUCUUGUAAAAGAGGUUACGUGUACACAUAAAGGGAUGUGAUGAGUUAACCAGUGACUUUCAGAAUUUAGGCCAAAAAAGCCCAGUUACAAAAAAAACCCCAACAACUCAGAAUUAGGGUGAUUGCAAAUUUUUUAGCACCUGGGGUAGUUUGACCUACAUUUUGUAGAUUGGUUAUCUGUGUGUCACAACUCACUGCACAUUGACUAAAAUAGAUUGAGCAAGGUAUUAUUUUAUGUGUGUGUUUGUAUAAAUUGUAUAUUAAAAACACUGUUUGAUAGAAACAAACUGAUGUAGAAGGUUUUGAGGUACUUGUUUGCAAGCUUAGAAUCCAAAGAGGGAGUGGGACAUUCAGUGCAAAAACAUGUACAUUGCGCAAAUUCAUAGUGAAUUUCAAGUUAAAGACCAAAGUAGCACAACUGGAAGUAGUUGAUUUGGGAAAGAUCAAGUUCGGCUACCUUGGCCUUAAGUUCCCAUUAUUCCUUUAGUGAAUAUGUUCAUAAGAUUCUUUAACAAGUUAAAGGGACACUAUAGUCACCUGAACAACUUCAGCUUAAUGAGGUUGUUCAGGUGAGAACUAUAGCUCCCUGCAGCCUUUCUCAUGUAAACACUGUAUUUUCUGAGAAAAUACAGUAUUUACAAUGAAAGCUAGGAACACCUCCAGUUGCAGUCCCUCAGAGUGAACCAGAGGGACUUCGGGGUUGAUGGAGGCAUAAUAUGCCUUCAUCCACUCUGAUCUGCUGUCAGCAGAGCGCAGGGCAGCACUGUGCACAGCAUCCUGUGAUUCAGUAUCUCCUCCCUCUGCGUGCAGACACUGAACUUAACUCAUAGAAAUUCAUUGAUUCAAUUCAUCUCUAUGAGGAGAUGCUGAUAGGCCAGGGCUGUGUUUGAAUCAUGCUGGCUCUGCCCCUGAUCUGCCUCUUUGUCAGUCUCAGCCAAUCCUAUGGGUAAGCAAUGUGAUUGGAUCAGGCUACCACAUGUCAGCAGACUGCUUGUUUUUCUGAGUCUAACAGAAUGCAGAUUUACAGCUUCAAGCUUGAGUACAGUAAGAUUUUUACUAUAUUUAUGGAGGCAUUAGGGGCCCAGGGGGGCUAGAUGGUGGUGGUAACACUAUAGGGUCAGGAAUACAUGUUAGUGUUCCUGACCCUAUAGAGAUCCUUUAACUUUAGAUGGAAGCAGUUCCAACCAACUGCAUUGUCUCCACUUGAUAAACUUAAAUCAAAACCUUCUUAGAUUUGUAAGUAAGCCAUUGAAUACUAAUUGAUGACCUUUUUUGUGCCAUGUUUGCAUACGGUCCAAGUUGUCCCUAUUUAGGAGGGACAGUCCCUAUUUUGGGCCCAUUUGCCUCCGUCCUUCUUGUCUUUAUAGGGUUGGUUUGUGCUGAGUGUAUAACAGAGCUCUGCAGUAAUGUGUCUUUAAACUACAAUAAAUGUGUUUAGAAAUCACUCUGUGUGAAUAAGAUACAUUGAUCUUUUUCCAAAUCACAUUUUAGCUGUAUAAAUUGCUAUUAGUGAGUUACCUAAAAUUUCUCAGAACAGCCCCACUCCUGGCCACACUCACACUCCUUAAAUUAAAGUGUCCCUGUUUGUCUAUUUGCAAUGUUGGAAGAUGUUUGCACCUGCACCUCACCAAGUACACGAUGGCCUCCUGAUUCUAAAGGAAUGUCCUCCCUCAUCUCAUCAUACUGUUACAGACCACUGAGAAUGUGUUUCUUUAGGAAUGCUUACCAUACCAAGUAGUAUGUCACUUCCACUUCUACCCAUGUCUUUCCACAUAACAUGUUCUCAUCUGUUGUCAAACGAGUUCACCUUCUUAUUUUACAUUUCACAAUCUAUCAUUUCUAAACUUGAGUUAGACACAGAUUGCAGCCAAGAAAUCUCUCUUUUCCGUUUGAUACAUUGCAUUUUACCUGUUGUGAAAUUAUACUUCACUCCCUCAUAUCUGCAUUGGAAGUUGUUUGUUACUGUCCGCCUAAUGCAGUUUACACAAUUUGUUUCUUUUUUUUUUUUACUUCUUUUGGUUUUGUUACCCAUUGUAGAGCAGUAAAUAAUUUCUUGGAAUUCUGAAAAUAUUAAUAUAUUAAUAAUGUGGCGGGGAACAGAGAGAGCUAGCAUUAAUGUAAUAUAAUAAUCCAGAUAGGGUUGCCAUCUUUGUUAGAAAAAAUACCGGCACACACAUAUAUCAUUAUGCAUGACAUCACAGGUCAUGACACCACCAGAUGUUAUGUAACAUCACAAGGAGUGAGAUAAGAGAGGGAAAAAACAUUGGAAGAGAAAAUUCCCUAAAUCCCGAAAUAACUGCUUACAAUGUGUGUACUAUUUCUGAAUGUGCAUGCAGCACUGUGUAUGAGUAAUAGUGUGCAUGUAUACCUUUUCUACGCAUGUGUGUGUGUGUAUAGCAAUGUGUUUCAGUGUGUGUACUGUGUGUAUAUGUCAAUGUGUGCAUGCUGUGCCUGAGUGUGUGUGGGAGUGUUUGUCAUUGUAUGUAUACUGUGUAUGAGAGUGUGGCAGUGUUUGCGAUUGUGUGUAUACUGUGUCUGAAUGUAUGUGUAGCAGUGUUUGUCAUUGUAUGUAUACUGUUUCUGAGUGUGUGUGGCCAUGUUUGUCAUUGUGUGUAUACUGUGUCUAAGUGUAUGUGUAGCAGUGUUUGUCAUUGUGUAUAUACUGUCACUGAGUGUGUGUCUAGCAGUGUUUGUCAUUGUGUUGAUAUUGUGACUGAGUGUGUGUGGAAGUGAUUGUCAUUGUGUGUAUACUGUGUUUGAAUGGGGUGUAUGUAUUGUGUGUAUACUGUAAGUGUGUGGCAGUGUUUGUCAUUCUGUGUAUACUGUGUCUGAGUUGGAUGUGUUUGUCAUUGAGUUUAAAUAGCAAUGUGUGUACCUGCUAUAUUCAAUAGAGGUAGAUAUUAUUAUUCUCCAAGGUUCCAGUCAGUCCAAAAUUCUGGCCUUUUGCAUUGAUGGUAUUUUUGCAAUGCUAGCACCGGCCAGAUAGUCUCACAUAGUAGCCAUGCCAGUACAAUACUAGCCACGUAGCAGUCCUAAAUAAACAAGGGGUGGGGGAGCAGCUGAAGAUAAGUCCAUGAUAGUAGUAAGAUUUGACAAGAGGGGUGAAGGCUGUAGGCCAUGUGAAGAGCAGAGCACUCACAUGUGGGGGAGCUUAGCAAAUAGGGAGAACAGUUCAGGAGCAGGUUUGUUUGUGAAAGCGGUUUGAAAGUUUAAAUAGCAUAUUUUCUUCUUAUUAGGGUGAGGGCUAGUCAUGAUUUUGCAGGGGAGUAGCUAGCAAAAUAAGAUGUGUUUGACAAAGAUAAGCCAGGAAGUCACACUUUCUAUAGAUUAGAAUUGAGGCAAUAGUUUGCAGUACUCUGUUAGGGAAACUGAUAAAGAGAAACGUAGAUUAGCAGUGAUCAAUAGUGAUGUGAAACUGCUAAAUUCAAUCUGACUUUCAGAGGGUAAUUUUUGCGGUUUGGUUGUUAAAUAAGUCUGCAGUGCAAUACAAGUAAAAUAGUAAUGUCACAGUUUUUUUUUACUGAUUUACUAUUUUUCCUACAAGAAAGCUUAUUGGAUUGUUGAUGGCUUUUGUAAAUUGCAUAACUAGGAGGGGGAGCCAUUGUAUCACCCAGUCACAUUCAGCAUAUUUUGUGCAUGUCCACUGCACAUGUGCCUUAGAGAAGUGUAACACCAGUAUGGAAGCAAGAGUAUUAGUGGUACUGCCCUGGCCCCCAAUUGUAAGGAGUCAAGCCGUUUUAGAGCGGACUGACCUCUUACCUGGGGUUUAUCUUGGUGUCUGCUUCCAGUUCAGUGAGAGAAGGAAGCUCCUAUUUCGGACAUUCUGUUAGCUCUCCUCAGCCAUUUCUAGUCCCCAUAGUGCAGGGCUAGCUCACUGGCCUAGACUGCAGAGCUAGGCAACCUUCGGCACUCCAGAUCUUGUCAACUACAUUUCCUCUGAUGCUGUGGCAGCAUUACGGCUGGGGGACGUAGUCCACAACAUCUGGAGUGCCGAAGGUUGCCUACCCCUGGACUAGAGUGUCAGUUGAUUGUCAUCAGCCAGUGAGCUAAGCCCUGCACUGCCAGUCUUAGACCCCAGGUAAGAAAUCAAACUGUUGGUUAGUCUGCUUACAAUGGGGGAGGAGGGGGUGUUACAGGGCAUAUCCGGCACCUUACAGCGCUCUGUAGUGGUUAUGGUGAUUGGAGUCUUCCUUUUGUUUAAGAUGGGUACUUAACAAUAUGUCAGAUAGAAGUGUUGCAUUAUCGGCAAACUGUAACUUGAUUUAUUCUUUGCUCUAAUUCAUACUACAAACAUUUGGAAAUAUUUUUAUUUACAGCCUUAAAACUUAGUCGCUACCAGGGACUAAUUAUAAAUAAACUCCGCAAACAGUAUACCAUCACCGCACAUAAUUUUACUUUUUGGCACAAAAAGACAAUGGCUGAAGUAUGUCAAUCUACUUCCCCCCCAUAUUUUAGGCUAUCCCCCUGCACACAGAAAAAUAAUUUUAGUGUUUGUAACCAAUUGCAAAUAAAAUUAUUCCCACAUAUACGCUUGUGGGGCCCUGCCUAUGGCUCCUAUGGACAAGCGAUAGACAUUAAAAAUCCUAAAAAGAUCAUUUUAAAACAGAUACAUGCUUUUACAUUCCUGCUCAUUACUAGUCUUUUAAAUGGUUUAACAACAGAAACAAAUACCCUAGUUUUUAUUUAAGCAUUUUUAUCUAAAGCAUCGACCUAGCUUCCAUUUUUUCAAUCCAAUUAAUCGAUUGUACUGCUAAUCUUGUAUAGCAGCUAUCCCACAUUGCAUGAAUUUCCUACGAUCUCACAGGUAUUCUCUUUUCCAGGGCUCAGAUAUAAGUGACAGAAGGGUACGGAGGAGGGAAAAAAACAGAGUUGCAGCUCAGAGAAGUCGCAAGAAACAGACACAGAAAGCAGACAAACUACACGAGGUAAAUGCAUUUGCAUGCGAUUUGUAAAUACAACCAAACAGCACAUAGACAGAAUUCUGUAUAGAAUACUCUAAAGAUCUAUAAUGCCAGAAAAACAACUUUGUUUUCCUGACACUUUGGUUUCCCUUUAAGCUGGAGGAAUUGAAUGAAGUGUUUGCCAUGAUCACAUUUGUUUUUUUGUUUUAACAAUUUUAGAAAAAAUGCUUACAAAGUGUUUUGUGUGAUCAAACGGAAUCUCAAUUAUAAUCAGGUAGUGUAAAAUGUCUGCAGCUCUACAGAUUCCAGGUUUCUAUUAACACCGAUUGAAAAAUGAAUUUCAAGUCCACAAAAAACUCAUUUUACAGCCUGCCAAUAAUCACCUCUACAGUUGCAUUAUCAGCAAAAAAUUUUGAAUUCUUUAUUUUGGUAGUGCAUACAAACCAUGUACAAGCAUGUAUAUGGUAGGUUGUACUGAAAAACAUUUGUUGCAAGACAUAGCAAUAAAACAUUGUAUUAGAAAACGCUUUGCACUUUCUUUUGUAUAUGAGUCUAGCUAAUAAACUGUAAAUUGCUAGGGGCAUUAUCGCCAAUUUUGAUAUUAUAUCAAAAAGAUCUACAGCAUUAGUUUUUUUCUUUAUGGAAAACAGUUCAUCUUGGAAAUAUGAAGAACUUACUGCUUAAAGGGUUAAGUACAAAACCAACUCUAGCUAAAUAAAACGAUUUGGUGUAUAGGUCGCGCCAAUGCAGUCUUACUGCUCAAUUCUCUGAGUUUAGGACUUUUAUUGAAACUCUAGCCACACUUUUCAUAGCUGAGAUUCACGCAGCCUCCCAACACACUUCUUGAAAAAGAGGUCUAAUUUUUAAACUUCCAUUGUUGCACAUUGUGUAUAAUUGUGUGUGAUUAAACUUCAAUCAAUAGAACAGGAGAUACGAACUUCUAAAGUAAACACACUCAAUGUUAUUCAUUAAAGUGAGAAUUGACUUCAAAAUUUAGGCCAAGCUAAUCAAAUGAGAAGAAUUCUCCAAGUCUGAUCUGUUCUCAGUUUGGCUAUUUUGGCCUUACAUGUGCAAUACCCUUAGAAAAUUUGUUGCACUUGUCACUUUAGUGAAGAACACUGAUUGUACUGUAAAAAACUAAAUCUGUUUCCGUACACUUGCUAAGAUUUCCUUCUGCGAUCUUUAUCUUGAUUGUGUAGUGCAACGUAUCUAUGGAUGACGACCCAGCGAGCAUUGCCAGUGUAGGGUCUGCAGCAUGAGUCUUUUUGUCAUUGUUCCCUCCCCUUGAUUAAAUGUUUUCAAAUGAAUGAAACGUGAGAAGGCUUUGGUUUUGUGGAAGCCUGAUGUCUGCCUGGGUCUAAAGAUGUAAACUAUCUCUUCCACAAAUCAAACCACAACUACUAUGAGUUCUGCGACUUCUCACUGGCUGUGUGAGAAUUUCUGACGAAAGUGAAACUGCAACAGUUCGUAGAAAGAAUGAUUCGCUACAUGCUGUUCACUCCCUGACUUCUGUGGCCCUUCCGUUGCUUUGGAAAUUCUGCUGAAUUCCUAGUAGCUGCUGUACAGCCUGUGAAAACUAUACAGGGUUACUGAGAAUCAUGGGAGUUGUAGUUCAAGGACACCUGGGUAGUUGUAGAAUAACACAUGCCCCUUAAUUAAAUACUUUCUGUGAUGUUCAGGUGCACUCAUUGUGAAGUAAGCACUGGGACCUUGAUGAGUUGCCUAUUUAUUGACCCACGUUACUGACAAGCUGAUUUGAGCAGAGUCUUUCAUUUAUUUCACUAAAGACUUAAUUUAGGAACUGACUCUGUGAAGAAUUGUAAUGGGUUUCCUGCUGCACCUUCUACCAGUUCCUCCGCAGCAGAAGGCCGAGGAAGUGGUAUUCAGUAGCAUCCACAAAAGACAUUCGUAAAUAUUUCGGUCUCAAUUUCGUGCAAUGUAAAAUGUGCAAUGCACCCGUGCUUUUGACCACAAAGAAAGUGAAGGGUAAAAAAAAAAAUCACUAUUUAACGUAUUGCAUUAACACUAUGAUACCAAAAUGUCUCGAGCAUUUUCUUUGCAUCAGGAUUUGUUGAGAAGGGCAAAUGUUAGGACUAGACUAGAGUAAACAAUAAGAAAAAAUCUAUUUAAUUUGUUUUCAGCUCAGGUAUUUUGAACUAAAAUCUACAACCAUUUUAUCUGUUUUCCACAGUGCUUAAUUUAGUUUGAAUUGUAUCUCUCAUUACUCUCAGCCAGCAUUAGGUUGGAACGCUGAGUUAAUGCUUUAUCGAGUACUGUAGACACUUGUAGUUUUUAUCUUUUUAUUUUUUAUUUUACAUUAACAGGAAUAUGAAACUCUUGAACAGGAAAAUUCUUCUCUAAAAAAAGAGAUUGGGAAACUUACAGACGAACUGAAGCACUUGAGCCAGGUAUUGAAAGACCACGAACAGAUUUGUCCGUUCCUCCACUGCACAGUGAACUAUGUGACUGUGCCUAGAAUUGCGGACGCUGUCGCUAGCUGCCUGCCUCGAUGA